GGGCACAUUAUCCCUGCAUGUACAGAUGAGAUCAUCAUUAACCUAAACAAACUUCCAACCAGACUUUCGAGCAUUGUUUCCCGUUACCAAUACUUCGGAAGCUUAUCACUGGUAAACACUGAAGAUAAGGCUAAUAGCCCAAAACAUUGAUGUUAAACGGGCAAUAGUCAGCAGUAGGAUUGUAUAAGCGGGCGACCGUGGUCAGUAGCGAGGCUCGGCGAAGCGCCGCCCACUCCGCCGCUACACUUGUCUCUCCUAUACCGCCGAGGAACAACGCCUGCGCCUGCGCAAAAUAUCAUGAGCGGGCUAAACUGCCAAUUGUGAUCGUUCCCACAAGUUUCCUAUCCCGGUGCUUUGGUGUUUUACCGACAGAUGCGAUCAGUGGGCGGUGAGCCAUGACGCGGGACAGUUACGAGAUGAACAGCAACCGGCUGUCGCGCGGGGGCUCGCUGUUCGGGGCUGACCCGCAGGUGCAGCUGAGGACCGCCCUCAGGACCAAUGACUUCGGCACCUUCAAGAAGCUGGUCAGCUACGGGGCCGUCGACCUCGAGCACGUCUACCAGUACCCCGACUACAAGACCUGCCUGGAACUGGCAGUUUCCGAGCCGAACAAACAGGAGUACGUCAAACUACUGCUCCAGCAUGAAGUGCAGGUGAACAGAAUCAACGAGACUCACAACGCAGCUCCGAUACAUUUCGCAGUCGAGGAAGGUAACAUAGAGGCGCUGAAGACACUUUUGGAAGAUGAUCGCAUAGACAUUGAUAUCAAGAGCAAAGGAAACACGGCUCUGCUACUGGCAAUCAAAAAGAUACAAGAUUUAGAAGACGAUAGAGAACAUGACAUUCCGUUAUACGAAGACAUGGUGGAGGUACUGCUUAAGGCUGGCUGUAAUGCCAACUCUCCGGACUUGAAGGGAGUCACACCAAUAUAUUCAGCAGCAAAGCAGGGACUUGAGCGCGUGAUUUCAUUGAUUUUGGACUACGCCAAGGAUCCAGUAGACUUGGACACGUAUAAGGAUUAUAGAGGUAAAACUGCACGCUAUUUCCUCAAAGAAGCAUUCCCACAUCUUGAAGCAAAGUUUGAUUCGGCGACUCAAGCUGCUGAAACUAUCGACAGCGAUAAACUAUUCUCCUACCUCAGCCGCCACGAAGAAGAUAACUUUGUACGUGACUUUACGAAGCUUGUGAAGAAAAACGACCACCGUUCCCUUUUUACUGCUAACAACGGCAUAAACACCUUGCUUCAAAUGGCUUGUGAAAAGGGACUCGAGAAUGUAGCAAAAUGCCUACUGAAUUCCGGUGCUGAUCCGAAUGCUACAUGCCCAGGAAACAAUAACCGACCGAUAGCUAUAGCCUGUCAAAACGGAUAUCACAAAAUACUCAAACUAUUCAUUGACAACGAAUCUACUCUCUUUGACUCUGUAAAUGGCGAAACGUUAUUGCAAAUAUCUGUUAAAGGCAUGAGAGCGUAUGCAAACAAUCCAAAGGCAAACUUUAACGAAUGCUUAGAGAUGCUCCUUAAGAAUCCUAAAAUCAACAUCAAUGUAAAUAGUUCAGACAUCAAGGACAAUACAGCAUUACAUUAUGCAGCUAGAAAUGGAGACCAAGAAACUGUAUUGGAGUUAUUGAGGAAUGGAGCAUGCGUUGGUUUGAGAAACAAGUUUAAUGAGCCUCCACUGGCUGAUAUAAAUGCCAAGACCCUGGAGACCUAUUUGGACGAAUGCCUGACGACGAAUGGUGAGCGACCGAGCGACGACGACUAUGAAAUCCACAUGAAGUACAGCUUCCUCGUCUACCCUAACAACUCAUUGGAAAACGAAAUGUGUAAAGUACCCCUCAUGGACAACUCUAUCAAUAAUGCGAAGGAAUGCAAAAGUAUCUUAGCUCCAGAAACAGAUGCAUUGCUGUAUAUGACAAGGAAUGAAGAUCUGCGGCCACUACUGAAGCAUCCAGUCAUCACCAGCUUCCUGUAUCUCAAAUGGCAAAGAAUAAGUUGUUUGUUUUAUGCCAAUAUAACAUUUUAUUCUCUCCUAUGGCUGUGCCUAAUUUUGUACAUCAUACUGGGGUACGGUGUAGAGAAGAAGCAGUCAGAUUCCAUCGAAGCUUUCAACGUUGUGACUCACGUUGGGGCUAUAAUUGGAUUGGUACUUCUAAUAAUACGGGAGGUAUUCCAACUUUUGGUAUCACCAACAAGAUAUCUUCAGAGCAUCGAAAACUGGAUGGAGAUAGCCCUAAUAUUUGUCACUGCUAUCAUAGUAUUUGAUGACUCAGCAUUGGAGCCAACGAAGCAGCAACUUUCUGCUGUGGCUAUUCUUCUAUCGUCUGCAGAAUUGGUAUUGCUUAUCGGUCAGUUUCCCACAUUAUCCACAAACAUUGUGAUGCUCAAGACUGUCUCAUGGAAUUUCUUUAAAUUCCUACUGUGGUACUGCAUUUUGAUCAUUGCAUUCGCCCUGAGUUUUUACACACUAUUCCGCAAUAUACAAAACGAAGAUGACAAAGCGCCGAACCCCAACAAUACAGAAAACGGAGAAGAUGAGGAAGAGGACUUCUUUGAGGACCCUGGGAAGUCUUUGUUCAAGACCUUCGUGAUGUUGACUGGGGAGUUUGACGCCGGUUCCAUUAAGUUCAGUACCUUCCCGUUGACAAGUCACAUCAUCUUUAUUGUGUUUGUCUUCAUGAUCCCCAUCGUUCUAUUCAACUUACUGAACGGUUUGGCUGUGAGCGACACACAAGAGAUCCGGGCCAACGCCGAGCUUGUCGGACACAUCUCACGAAUCAGAAUGAUCUCAUACUUUGAAAGCGUCCUGCUGGGGAACGUCAGAUCGUACGCAAAGCCCUCUAGGGCAUGUUGGUCGUGGUUGCCGGAGCAGUUACAGAACAUCAGCUUCGUAAAACCCAAGACUCUGUGCAUCAAACCAUUUGCGACACGGAUAACUCUGUUCCCUCACUUUUUGCCUAAGUACAGGAUCAUUGUAAAACCGAAUCAGGAUAAUAAGAUAGUGAUACCUCACGCUGAGCCUAUGGGAAAGUUCGGGGAUGACUACGAAGAUAUUGAGACCGGAGGGUGCUGCUUUGAACGUUGUCAGAACUACAGACUAGACAGGAAAAUUGUGAAACACGCUAAAGAGGUAAUCAGCAAGAAGAAUGAUGUCUCGGAAUUUGACGACAUAAAGGAAAAGUUGGAAAAAUAUGAAAGUAAAAUUGAUCGACUGGAGGAGACUUUAAAGAAAGUCCUGAAUAGCUUGGAGGCCAACACCCGAAAAUAUUAGUGAUUGAUGUUAAUUUGUUACUAAAUCUAGUAUUGUAUGCUUUUUAAUAUUGUAAUGCCUCGCUAUUUUUUAUUUCAAUAAAACGAUAAUAGAUAGUGUUAUACCUUAAAGCUAUAUUGUAUGAUAGCUUGUCGAUAGCAUUUUUACGGUAUAGUGACUAAUAACAAUGACACAAGAUAAUUACAAAGUAAUCGUAAGUUAUUUAUAAAAAUAUUGCUUCCAGUAUUGAUUCCAUUUUUUUAUAAUUUAUAAUAAUAUAUUAUGUCAGACUAACUGAUUAAUAAUAAU